UGAAGAAUUUGCCGCGAAGCGGUGAGUCGAAUGGCAUGUCUCGCCCUUCAGCCUACGAUUAACAAGUUAAUUUCUUAUUUUGUUGUAACAACAGUGUAUUACAUGUGUAACGUUUUAGUUGCGUAACAUUAUAUUCGAUUACUUACCAUUGAAGAACUUCAGUUUCGCAAAGUUUGUGUAGGCUACUGUUGUUAGCCCUUUAUGCUAACUUAUAAGCUGUUUUCUAUCGGUAACAGAAUAGACAGUAAAAGGCUAACAGUCGGCUAAUAGCCCAGAGAUAGAUAACAUAACAAUCAUUCGUAUACCAAAUUAUACAACGUGUUAGUUCUGGAAACAAGUGACAUACGUGAAUGUUGAUGAAUUCGGUUCGUUUGUAAUCAAACCUAACAGUAUGCUAUGCUCCAUCAGCAAUCAUAAACUUGCCUGUUUUCAUGGAGUGGCUUUGACGAUUUGUUGCCAAACAUUAUGAAGCCAGUUAGAGGGUCUGGAAGAAAAUCUACCAAUGUCCCGCAAGGCAGAGGACGGAGUAGGCCUACCAAAAAUAAUGUUCCGACAAACUCCGAGGAGCCUGGAACCAGCAGUGAAGGAGUGAAGCAACAGCAAGCGAAGAAAAGGAAAAGGCCUCAAUCAUCGGCUGACAUAAACAAGUUCCGAGGCAGAGAGAAAUGGAAAGUGCUGGCCCAGCCUGUUAUUGUGGCCCUAGAUAAGAUGCUGGGGCUGUCAGUGCUCUCUGUCUUGUCAAUGAGAAUAAAGGAGAAAGAGGAGACUCAGAAACAUCUGAAUAUUCUGAAAGAAAGAUUUCUGGACAGCUGUAUCCAGCUCACAGUCCCCCCACGGAAACAAGUGGACUUGGGGCACUUGUCACGGCAGUACCAGGCAGAGAGCUUGAAGGUGGAAGAGGGGGAGAAGAGACACGGGGCGCUGCAGGAGAACCACAGAUCUGUGGUCAGCGCCCUGGAGGAGUUGGAGGUGUCGAGAGACAGAAUGGACGAGGAGUGCAGGAUUCUUAGAUCCAGGAUGGAGGAGCUGGAGGAGAACUCACACGAGGUUCUACAGAGGAGAGAGCAGACGGUUCUCCAUCUCCCUCCCCUGCCUCCGCGCUCUGAAACGGAAAAGCCACUGCAGGAGAGGCUAAUGAAGUUAUUGCCAAACAGGGAUGCUAUGGUGAAGUCACUGCAGAGCAUGCCAGAAAUCCAGCCGCUGAAUACUUUUAUGGAGCUUGCGCACGAACACACCAACCAGCGAUUAGCCGCCCUUAACAGUCAUAAAUGACUCAAUUAUCUUGUGGUCUGCCUCUCUAGUACCUGUACAUCAACCACACACUCCUCCCUAUGAUCAAGCUUGGGCUUCUGCACUUACAACCAACCCCAACCCCUUUUUUAAACGCCAAUAUGCAUUGAGUUUAGUUGUAAAACCCUGCUCUGCUGUCCCAUGUGACACACACUCAAAAACAGGAUCUCCCUGAUCAGAUAUCUCACCACUGUGUUCGUCACAUCACUUGUGUAGUGCAUGAUUAGAACUGAUCCAGCACCAAAAGCAGUUUUUUUAGUUGUUGUUUUUUUCUGUGCAUUUUCAGUUUUAAUACAAAAUGCAAAAUAUAAAUUGUUACCAAAA